AUGUCCGUUGAUCAAGAACUUCUUGAUCACGUAGAAAAGGGAUGCAGACUGCUGGAAAACGUCAGGGAAAAUCUAUGUCACAUCGAAGGGUCAAAGAAAUUUGAAAAUAAAGUGCAUUCAGAAGUCAAGUUUCUGAGGUCGCUUAUAGAGGCGAUUUAUGAACUGGCAAUGAAAAGAAUAGAAGAUGUAACGAAGAUUUUCUACUCAGCAAAACUUGGCGACGGGGAAAAGAUACAGAUUGACAUUGUCACUUCAAGUUCAUGGAUCAAGUCCUGCUCACGAAAGGGAAAAGCCCUCAUUCAAAAGUACAUGGAUGGCGAAGACAUAAUAGUUGCCACUGCGAGGAAGAUGCUAAUGGGUGCAAAUGUCAAUCACGAGUUUCUUCCGCCAAAAAUUGAGUUCUACUUUCACGAUGUCGUUCCUCUCAAGAUCAAGAAAAAACUAGAGCAGUACGGAAUUCUUGUAUACGGAGAUGUAGAGCCUUUUCUUGAAUUUGAAAUAGCGGACGAAUCAUCCGACGAAGAUAGUUUCGAAGAAAUGCUUCCUCGACAGAGCUCGCUGAAAGUGAAUUUAGACACAUGCACGAUGAUAACGCUAGUCUCUAACUUGUCGAACGGCUUUGCGAAUUACGAGUUCCGCUGCGAGGAAUCCAAGUUUCUUAUUCACCUCGAUCAGAUGGCGAUCGACGAGCGAGAAAAGCGCGUCCUCCCCGAAAUUAUAGGGUGA